AUGAUUCUCUUCUUCCCCGACUUCCCCCAAUUCGGAAUUUCGUAUGAUUCUCACUCUUCUCCGCGACUUCCCCCCCAAUUCGGAAUUUCGUAUGAUUCUCACUCUUCUCUUGACUUCCCCAAUUGGGAAUUUCGUAUGAUUCUCACUUCUUCACCCGACUUCCCCCAAUUCGGAAUUUCGUAUGAUUCUCCUCUUCUCACCCGACUUCCCCCAAUUCGGAAUUUCAUUUCGUAUGAUUCUCACUCUUCUUCCCGACUUCCCCCAAUUCAGAUUUCGUAUGAUUCUCCUCUUCUUCCCCGACUUCCCCAAUUCAGAUUUCGUGUGAUUCUCCUCUUCUUCCCUGACUUCCCCCAAUUCAGAUUUCGUAUGAUUCUCCUCUUCUCCCCGACUUCCCCCAAUUUGGAUUUCAUUUCGUAUGAUUCUCACUCUUCUUUUCUUCCCCAAUUCAGAUUAUUUAUGAUUCUCUCUCUUCUUCCCUUCCCCAAUUCGAAUUUCAUUUCGUAUGAUUCUCCUCUUCACCCGACUUCCCCAAUUCAGAUUUCGUAUGAUUCUCCUCUUCUUCCCCGACUUCCCCAAUUCGGAAUUUCGUAUGAUUCUUCUCUUCUUCCCCGACUUCCCCCAAUUCGAAUUUCAUUUCGUAUGAUUCUCACUCUUCUUCCCGACUUUCCCCAAUUGGGAAUUUCGUAUGAUUCUUCUCUUCUUCCCGACUUCCCCCAAUUCAGAUUUCGUAUGAUUCUCUCUCUUCUUCCCCGACUUCUCCCUUCUUCCGAAAUUUCGUAUGAUUCUCACUUCUUCUCCCGACUUCCCCCAAUUCGGAUUUCGUAUGAUUCUCAUGUAUCUCUCCCCGACUUCCCCAAUUCGGAAUUUCGUAUGAUUCUCCUUCUUCCCUGA